AUGCUGCAAAUACCCGUCCAUGCCCACCUCCCCUUGGGGCCGCGUUUUCUUGACCUUCUCACUCCUAAUGUUCUCUUUAACAACCAAACUGCCAAUAUGCGUUUUAUCGGUAUUGCGCUGCUCAUAGGGGCGGUUUCAAUGCUUACCUCGGCUUCGUUGAUAGAGAGGCAGGCUGCUAGUUCUACAUCCGUCUUUGUUGCCCCUACUUCGGUUCCUGCUCCCACCGUCAAUAGUAGCGUGUAUGACUUAUCGCAGCACUUCUGCCGUAUAUUCAGGCAUGCUAGUGUCUAUGCUAAUGGAAAGAUUUACAUUGAUGGGGGCAACACCUACGUACCUAGAGGCGGGAAUACUUUCUACAACACGCCGGCUGGGGGUCAUACUGGUGGAAUGCACAGCCAGCUCCUCGUUUUGGACCUAUCAAAGAACUUCACUAACCAGGAAACCGGGCCCUACCGCUCCAUUUUCAAAGCCCCCGACGUCCCAAAUGGCUUGAUUGAGCAUGCUCUCUGGUACUCCGAAUCCACGAGAAAGAUUUAUCAACUAGGAGGAUGGUUUUCCUUUAACAACCAGGAGAACCCAUCGUUCUUGGCCACCAACAACAUCCCCGAGCCUGCCAUAUGGGAGUUUGACAUCGACACGGAAAGGUGGUCCAAGUCGACAGACUUUAGGAUUUCCAACAAUGGUGAAAUCGUCGACCGACCUGGGGCUGCGGCCUUUUGCGAUGCGCCAACGCUGAGAAGGAGCUACAUAUUUGAGGGAUAUACCCAGCAAAGAUCCAGCCGCGCCAACGUCCCGUAUGAGGCAAGUGCUGAUUUCCGAUUUCUCGAGGGAAUGCUCGAACUCGACACCAGCGAUGAAUCCCAGCCAAAGCUUACCAACAUCUCGGUUCCGACAUACAUCGGCCCGCGUAUGAAUGGCGCGAUGGUUCAUGUCCCCGUCGGAAACAAGGGCAUCAUAGUUAACCUCGGCGGUCAAACAACCCGUGACCCCACGCCAUACGGAGUAAGAGUCCCGAAAGCGAGCUCAGGCAAUAUCAACAUCAACCUAUCCUUCGUAGACAUUUACGACAUCGAAACAGGCUUCUGGUUUCGUCAAGAAACCUUUGGUCUCCCCGAUAUCCCUACCGGUCGCUCUGAUAUAUGUGCAGUUCUCGUCCCCGCCAAGGAUUCUUCGUCAUGGAAUAUAUACAUGAUCGCCGGCGUCGAAAACUACGCGACGUACAUCACAUCUGAAGAGAUUUGGGUUCUUUCACUACCGACUUUCCAGUGGACGAUGGUCCAUACCCGUGCUGACGGUAUGUACGGACAUACCUGUCAUGCUGUAGGCGAGAACCUUCUUAUUGUGGGAGGCAUACAGACGAACAAAGAACCCAGCAGGGGAAAUGUCAACACCUGUGCGGACCACAUGCCUGUCGAGAUCUUCUCGCUGGCCACGCAUAAUUACACAGGUAGAUACGAUACCGAGGCCGCGAAAAGAAUACCACCAGUUCCGAGCAAGGUCGUCGCGUCCGUGGGAGGAACUUCUUCUGGUGGCGCGGUCCUCACGAAACCACGGGUAUGGAGCGACGUUUAUCUACAGUACAUUUUCGAUCCGUCGCUGCCUAGGCCGGAGUAUAAACCAACCUAUACGCUCGUUGUUCAACCCAAUAGCACCACAAGUUCCUCGCCUUCGCCGACACCUUCUUCAAACGGGCCAUCCAAGGGUGCUCUCAUUGGCGGAGUGGUGGGCGGUGUCCUGGGCGCCAUCGCCAUCGUAUGCCUCGGCAUUUUCAUCGUGCUCCUCCGCCGCAAGAAGAAGAAGAGGGCUGAGGAAGCUGCUGCUGCUGCUGCUGCCGCUGCCGCCGCUUCCCGGCAUAGCGCAUUUUCAGAGUUGCCGGGGUACUCGCCGUUUCCCUCCCCCGAGCCAAAGCCAGGUUUCGGUGGCUUUCCUCCUGCGCCACCGGUCACUCAUGCGGCGGAGCUUGAAGUCCCCCGUGGCGCAAGCGAGAUGCCGAGCAGCCCGCGGUAUGGAGGCUCGGUCGAGAUGGGGAGCGAGGUGACGCAAUCACCUAGAGUUACGAGUUUUACUCCGACUAUUGAUUCAGACAGAAACGCAUAUGAAGAAAGGCAUUUCGGCCAUAGCCCUGUCAGUCGCUGA